AUGAGCGACGCUGCAUCCACUAACAAUCCAGCUUUUGUCCAAGCAGCCCAAGAAGCUAACAACUUACCUACGAAACCAGAUAACAACGAACUUCUCAAACUCUACGGCUUAUACAAACAAAGCAUUGUUGGUGAUAAUAACACCG